AUGGCCUCCAUCUCCCUCUCCAACUCUACAGCAUAUGCUUCAUGCUCCCAGUCUCAAUCCUAUUGUCUUGACGCAAACACCACUCUCCUAAACUCUUGUGGUUCCUUCGAGACGUAUGACAGCAACAUCGACAGCAGCCAUGUAUACCUCGACUCUGUAGACUUUCUCUCGUGUGUUUGUUCGCUCGACGACACAGACUUUUGGGGCCUGCUCUACAAAUGCUCUUUCUGCGCUUCCUCUGCUGCCUCUACUGACCUUGCUGCUUUCAAGAGGCCCUACUGUGAUGCUGUCUACGAGUACAACAACCUCUCCACCAUCCGCAACCUCUCCUCUGCUGCUCGCUCACACGCCUCUCCCAGGUCUCUCCUCGCCAGCUGUUUUCUCUUGCUGCUCCUUUUCCUGCUUUCUUCCUAG